UGCACUGCGCGCCCAUAGCUGUCACUGAGCCGGGGAAUAGAAGCGCCGCUGCGGCACUAGCUAACAUGCUCACCGCUACGAGGGGCGCAUGAAGGGAACUGUACACAUACAUUGCGUCAUUGUCAUGGACGGGGGUCGCAGCGGCCAUUCCUGACCAGCAGGGGGCGCUAUGACAUAAGGCAAAAUGGUGUGGUAAAUACCACCUUGCCAAGGGGCGUGUCUGUCUAGUGUCUUGCCGUCCAACAUGGCGGUGAAGAGGGGCUCCAGGAGACAAGUUCUCCUGCUGCUCCUGUUCGUGUCCGUGGCGGCCGUGCAUCUCCUUGCCUGUCCGUUCACCAAGGUGGAGGAGAGCUUCAGCCUGCAGGCGUGCCAUGACGUGCUGUACCACAGGCUGGACCUGGACAAGUACGACCAUCACCAGUUCCCGGGGGUCGUCCCCAGAUCGUUCCUCGGGCCGCUCCUCAUCAGCGCGCUGUCUGCCCCUGGCGUCCACCUCCUCUCCCGCCUAGAGGUGGACACGUUCUACUCGCAGCUCCUAGUACGAGCCUCUCUGGGUCUGAUGGUCCUUUUUGCCCUAUGGCAGCUGCAGAAGGAAGUGAGGAAGCAGUUUGGCGCUCAUGUGUCUACAUAUUUCUGCCUGAUAACAGCCACUCAGUUCCAUGUGAUGUUUUAUUGCACUCGCACCCUCCCUAAUAUAUUAGCGCUCCCUAUUGUCCUGCUUGCUGUCACCUUCUGGAUGAAACAGAAGCAUGGUCCAUUUAUUUGGCUUUCUGCUUUGGCCAUUAUCGUCUUCAGGUCUGAGCUGUGUAUACUGAUGGGGCUGAUGCUGCUGCUGUCGCUGAAGAAGGGAAGUGUCUCGGUUUUUACAACUCUCUUGCAUGCAGUCCCAGCGGGAAUUAUAUGGCUUGGUGUGACCGUCCUGGUGGACUCCUUUUUUUGGAAACGCCUUGUUUGGCCUGAAGGAGAAGUUCUGUGGUAUAACACUAUUUUGAAUAAAAGCUCAAACUGGGGCACCUCUCCAUUCCUGUGGUAUUUUUAUUCAGUAGUGCCGCGAGCAAUGGCCUUUAGCUUAUUCUUUCUGCCAUUUGGCCUCUUUGAUAAAAGGAUGCGCCUACUGGUUGCACCAGUUGUGGCUUUCAUAUUUUUAUACUCCUUCCUUCCUCACAAAGAACUUCGGUUUAUCAUUUACACAUUUCCGCUGUUAAACAUAGUGGCUUCUAAAGGAUGUUCAUAUAUACUGCAGAAUUAUCAGAAAUCCUGGAUAUACAAGUUAGGCACUCUUUUUGUCAUAGCCCAUCUUUUUGGAAACGCAGCAUACUCUGCUAUGUCUUUGUACGUGUCCCAUUUCAAUUAUCCUGGAGGUACUGCAAUGGCUGAACUUCAUAAAAUGGUGGCCCCAUCCACAGAUGUGUCUGUCCACAUAGAUGUGGCUGCUGCUCAAACUGGAGUUUCACGAUUUUUACAGUCUCAUUCACAUUGGAGGUAUGAUAAAAGAGAAGACCUUUCGUCUGAAGAGAAAGCAAUGGCUUCUUAUACUCAUAUCAUUAUGGAAUUUGACGCUUCUAAGUUGCAUCACUACAGAAACACUCAUAAAAUACUGAGAGAAAUACCUGGAUUUGACAGGCUUGGCUUUAAUGCUACUUUUCCACCAAUUUAUCUGAAAUUAUUAACAAAAUUAAUAAUUUUACAAAGGACCCACCUCCUUUAAUUUGUUUUCAGUAUUUUUUUUUAUUAUCUUGAGAUAUGACUCUCUGAAGUGAUCCCAAGUUGAUCACUAGGCAUUGUGCUCCCUCAAAUUUAAAGGGUUAUUCCGGUUACAUUAAGUUAUCUCCUAUCUACAGGCUAAGUAUCAGAUCAGUGAGGGCUCUACCGCUGAGACCCCUACUGAUCAUAAGAACAGGGGCUCAUACCCCCUGCAGUCCCUCUGAAAUGAAUGGAGCGGCCGGUUGGGCAUGCGUGCGACCGCUCCAUUCAUUUCUUUAAAAAUUCUGGAGAUAGCUGAGCUCUGUACCUGGCUACCUCUAGAAACCCCAUAGAAAUAAAUGGAGUGGCCACGCACAUGUCGAACUGCCGCUCUGUUCAUUUCAGGGGGGCUGCAGUGGAUACAAAGCCCCUGUUCGUGUGAUGGGUGGGGGUCCCACAGGAUGGGGGAUAACUCAAUGUAACCAGAAUAUCACAGAAAAAACUAAGAUAAAACCAGAAUAUUUCUUUAAUCUCAAAGUUCUCAAUCUUUUCAAAAGUCUCCAAACUAAUGUUGACUUCAAGAAGCCAGUACCACACAUCCAUAAAGCAGUCCAAUUGUACUCCAUGUUACUGUUGCCAUCUUCACGCUGAUAGCUAGGGCAGACCGUUGUGAGAUCCAGCCCAUGAUUCCCUUCAAGGUGUGAUUUACUAUAUCAGAAAUAAAAAAAUAUUUAACCCCUCUUCUGCUGAAAAAUCUGUGGGGAGUAUAUGGGUAUAUUCAACAUAGCAGAUUUUAUUUUUAUUUCUGUCAAUUCAUUUAAUUCAUCCGAAUGGGAUUGUUUUGGUGGAAAGCACAUUCAGAUGAACAAAUCUUGUGCAUGUGACUUUAUCCUAAAGGUCCUUUUACAUGGGAAGAUUUCUUGACUGUAACAUAAGACUAUACCAGAGAUUUAUCAAAACUGGUGUAAAGGACAACUGGCUUAGUUGCCCAUAGCAACCAGAUUCUACCUUAAAUUUUCCAAAGGAGCUAUAAAAAGGUGAAAUGUGAUUGGUUGCAAUGGGCAACUAAGCCAGUUCUACUUUAGACCACUUGCUAAACCUCCCUUUAUGUGCUGCUGACAUCCUAUUUUAACAUCUGCACAGAAGAUGCAAUUAAUGACAAGUGUACCUUUUUCUUGUUUGUCAGCUAGAUAGGUGGACAUGUUUACACUGGAUACUUGCUUUGUGUCGCAGCUUUUGUCACUUGAGCAGUUAUUGUCUUUAUGUAAAUAAAUUAAUUUGUUAAUUUUC